GGGUUUCGAACCCCGCUUCUCCUGGGCAGCAGUAGCCUCGCUAGUCGCUGGGGUGAGGGGAGCAAGAGUUUUCUGGGCGCAUCUGCGCUGCGUCUGGCUGUUUGCAACCUGUUUCCAGCGAGCGGGGAGCAGGCUUGCAGCUACUAGUCAUCCGGAGGAGGGGAAUUUGUUUUUCUUUCCCCUUAGCGACCUCGGCUCGCUACUGGAUAAAGCAAUAUCGAAAGGAUGUAAAUAGGCAGAGCAACCGUUACCAAGAAGGCAAUCACCCAAAGGCAGGGAGGAGCGUGGGGCUUCGUCCCGGCUUCUCCCAGUCGCAACAUUAAUCAACAGUCAGGUGUUGGUUGCAACUUUUCAAGGUCAGCCACCGGGAGCAGCGAGUCCCUCUCUGUACCUUGGGGAUACGCAGCGGUCGGGUUGGAUUUGGCUGAGAAAUGCACGGGACGUCAAACGAGGAAGGAUUGUAAAGCAGGAGGGUUGUGACCCCAAGACCCAUCCCCCCACCUCCCCGUAAUCUCCCGAACCCAGCUGCCCCGGCGGGGGUGAGUGUGCGACAUGUGUCUAACCCUCAGCAGCAACUUAGGCAGCAGGUGUUGGUCCUAAGUAGGAGCCGCGGCUACCGGGUGCGCCCUCACCGAGCCAUGCGGGCCCCAGGAGCGCCUCUCGCCUGCAUCUCGCGGCUGCUGCUUCUGCUCCUGCUCAAUGUUUCUGCCUCUCCUGCCCUCGGGUCGGUCCCUGCGCCCAGGAACGGAACUUGUCUGGGGGAAAGCUGUUCACCUGCACUGAACCAGCGUCGCACCAAGGAUGCUUGGGGACUGGAGAAUUUUGCGGAAGACCUGCUCACCCGUGCGCUCAAGGAGGAGGAGCAGGAGGCUGCGGGUCGCGCGGCGCACUCGUGGGACCUAGCGGCCGCCCGGGGCGGUGACUCAGGUGCGGGCAAAGGGGCGGAGGCGUCUGCAGCUGAGCCCUCGGGACCUCCAGCCAGGCCGCCUGGCGCUUGGAAGUGGAAAGGGGCGCGGGGUCAGGAGACCCCUGGAACUUUGGGGAGAGGAAACCCCUCUGCCUUCCAUCUCUUCUUUCAGACCUCAGAAGAGAGAGAAAAGGGUCCGAGAGGCUCUGGCAUUUCCGGGCGCAGCCCGGAGCCGAGUGUGAGGACAGAACCUGGAGCCAGCGACCUUUAUUACUGGCCGAGGAAAGUCGGGAAACUCCAGGGUUCCCACCACAACUCCCCACCCAAGACGGUCAACGGACCAUUGGGGCACGAAGGGCGGACGAUUGCAGCCCCCGGCCGAGCGCUGGCCCAGAAUGGAUCCUCAGGUGAUGGAGUUCACGAACGCGGGGGUCCCCGCAGAGGAAACAGCACGAACCGGCGCUUGCGACUUAAGAAUCCCUUCUACCCGCUGACCCAGGAGUCAUACGGAGCCUAUGCGGUCAUGUGCUUGUCGGUGGUGAUCUUUGGGAUCGGCAUCAUUGGCAACCUGGCGGUGAUGUGCAUCGUGUGUCACAACUACUACAUGCGGAGCAUCUCCAACUCCCUCUUGGCCAACCUGGCCUUCUGGGACUUUCUCAUCAUCUUCUUCUGCCUUCCGCUCGUCAUCUUUCACGAGCUGACGAAGAAGUGGCUGCUGGAGGACUUCUCCUGCAAGAUCGUGCCCUACCUCGAGGUCGCAUCUCUGGGGGUCACGACCUUCACCUUGUGUGCUCUGUGUAUAGAUCGCUUCCGUGCUGCCACCAACGUACAGAUGUACUAUGAAAUGAUUGAAAACUGUUCUUCGACAACUGCCAAACUCGCCGUCAUAUGGGUUGGCGCUCUCCUGUUGGCGCUUCCCGAAGUCGUCCUUCGCCAGCUGAGCAAGGAGGAUUUGGGCUUCAGCGGCCGAGCUCCCGCGGAGCGCUGUGUUAUAAAGAUCUCCCCUGACUUACCGGACACCGUCUAUGUUUUAGCCCUUACCUAUGACAGUGCGCGGCUCUGGUGGUAUUUCGGCUGUUACUUCUGUCUGCCCACGCUUUUCACCAUCACCUGCUCCUUAGUGACUGCAAGGAAAAUCCGCAAAGCAGAGAAGGCCUGUACCCGAGGGAAUAAGCGUCAGAUUCAGUUAGAAAGCCAGAUGAACUGCACAGUAGUGGCUCUGACCAUUUUAUAUGGAUUUUGCAUUAUUCCUGAAAAUAUCUGCAACAUUGUUACUGCCUAUAUGGCCACGGGGGUUUCCCAGCAGACAAUGGAUCUUCUUAAUAUCAUCAGCCAGUUCCUGUUGUUCUUUAAGUCCUGUGUCACACCAGUCCUCCUUUUCUGUCUGUGCAAACCCUUCAGUCGGGCCUUUAUGGAGUGCUGCUGCUGUUGCUGUGAGGAGUGCAUUCAGAAGUCUUCAACAGUGACCAGCGACGACAAUGACAACGAGUACACCACAGAACUGGAACUCUCACCUUUUAGUACCAUACGCCGUGAAAUGUCCACUUUUGCUUCUGUUGGAACUCAUUGCUGAAGGACAUUUGAUUUGGUUAGAUUUGUUCGUUUGAUUUUCAUACCCUGUGAAAGUUUUUACUUUGUAUUUUUCCUUACUGGAAAAUAAAUGCAAAAAAGAAAUAUUAACUACUGUAGAACUGACUUUGCAAAUUAAUAUUUGUGCUUCGAAAAAAAUGUUUAUAUUUAGUUAUUUAAGAAGUAUAAGGAGGUCAGUAGUUUUAGAUCAUUUUAUCUGGUAUGGUGCUAAUAUUUUAUUUGGAGUUACUGCACCUUGACUUAAUUAAAUGCUAAUUUUCUUUCUUUUAAAAAUAUAAUCACUGUAUAUUGAUGAUAGCCAUGUGAUUUUGUAGAUUAUUUUAUGUUUGAGUUGUAAUUGAAAGUAUAUUGUAUAUGAUAUGGUGAGAUGAUUUGUAGAUAAGAAGCAUUUACAAAGUAGCACCAAAUAAAUUACACUUUAUUCUUUAA